AUGCCUCCCAAGACGGGCCAACGUAAGUCGAUGUUGGCGCGCAUCAAUAAAGCGCCUACAUUGACACCUUCUCGGCGCUCGCCCCGAGUACCUCCCCCGUCAAAAAGUACGAAUGAGAACGUGCAACCUGCCAAAACGUUGGACCUUUCAUCGACCUCACCCCAAGACACCUCUAUCAACAUUCGUUUUUACACUCCCAACACACCGGUUCCAAGUAAUCCGUCCGUUCAAAGUCCUAGUCCACGUGGAAAAUCUCCUGAAACACCUUCCUCACGUCGAAGGACCUUUCAGUCUCGUCCGUCGGGUCUGUCAAACGUUUACACGCCAACCCUAGAAGCCCCGCCCACCAACCCGGGUAGUCGACGGACGAGAAGAACAACUGCACUUGAAACACCCAAGCAAGAAGUCUCGGACAUUGAUUUUCCAGAGAGCACUGGCAGCGCUAGCUGGACGGUUGACCAGUACAUGGACAGUGUUGAAUCCGAAGAAACAGCUGACGGUCCCUCGAGCCCUACCAGUGCCUCCGACAUGCGGAACUCAUCCCGGGUUCGUAAGCCUACCAUGAGGGCCCUUGAAUCUUUUGAAUCAACUAAGAGGAAACCUCGCCGUAAGAACAUGACAGUGUCCACCCCGACCGUGGAAACUCCUGCCCCUGCUCCCUCUGCUGUCCCCACUGUCCCUGUGCCUACCAAGGUUGCGAAGAACAAUGUUUCGAAGCAACCAAUGAGAAAAAACCAGGAAGUCAAAGAGAAUGUCCAACUUGAACAUGCGGAAGAAUGCUGCCUUGAUUGGUUCCCUGACUUUACGCUCCCUUUCAAUUGCCCUACCUUCUUGGAGCAGCAACGAAUUGAAUACUUCCGUCGCCAAGAGGAAGAAAAAUAUGGCGUCGACGUGCCCACCACCAAGGCCACCUCGCCAAGUGAUGUCGAUCUCGACGUCGAAAUGAUAGACCAAGACACCCCACCGUCUGCAAUCGCUGUUUCUUCUUCCACCCCUCCUACUCCUCCCGCCAGAGUCACCAACGGCGAAGUCACCAACAGCACAAUCACCAACGGCACAGCCACCAACGAUGCAGUCACCAACGGCUCAAGCAUCCUAAGCUAUAAAAGGCGGUCUGACAUCAAGGUCGACAGCGAUGGCUGGAUUCAAACUGGCUAUGUCAACUCCAGUGGUGAAGAAGUUGCUCUGAUCCCUGGUAAAGGCCACCCAUAUUAUCCACCUCAUACUUACGGCUACGAGGGUCUUCCUUUCCCCCCGGUGCGCGCCAGAACCAGCCAGCAAGCCGAAGCUGAUGCCGCCCACAGCUUCGCUCCACUCAUGGGGGACCGUAAUCUCCCAUUUGAUGCGACAGCCCCAUUCGUCACUGAAAACGUGGAGGAGGAAAAGGCGCGGGCUCUUGCUCGGACCCCUGUGCCAGCCCCUGAGACCAAGAAACCCCGCACCCGAAAGCGCCGUCAGACCGCGGCCGCAGAUGCCACCGAUAAGCCCGCCUCGCCAGUCCCCACCGCUACUGCUGAAACCGGCGCACGCAAGUCACAGCGUCGCCGUCGCCAGACUGCCCCUGCUCCCACUGUCCCCUCUUCCACUUCUCCCGCCUCUUCUACUUCUCCCCCGACCACUACAACCAAGGUAAAGUCUUCGGGCCCGGCUGCCGCCGUCGCCCCCGCUGCCACCGAAGGUGACAAGCCUAAGGUGCAGCGGCUACGGCUGACCUUGAAGCCGGCGACCAAGACUGAGGCCUCUGGGGUUAAAGCAUCUACUUCUAACCCCGCCGUGAAGUCCCCCUUCCUCCCCCGCCAUCUCACGUGCGCCGUCCUCCGCACAAACCAGCAAGCGCCGCCGCCGCCGGGCCAUGUGAGGCCCUGGUGA